AUGAGCACAUGGACCAAAACAAUUGCAGCCUCACCGCUUGCAAUGGCUGGAAUCUCCAUUCUAACCACAUCCGCGAUUUCAGCUCUUAUGGCUGCCUGGUCCUAUCGCAGUCUACGGCAAUAUAACAUGGGCUCGCUCCCCAUAACCACAUCAAGUACGCAAUAUAACAAGGAAAAAUACGGAAGAUACUUCAACUGGGACAAGUACUCGUUCUAUGUCAACGGACAACGUGUGGUGCUAUGUAGUGCCGAGUUCCACUACUGGCGUGUGCCAGACCAGUCUCGUUGGGAAGCUAUACUGAAGGAAUACAAGGUUGCUGGAUUCAAUUGUAUCAGGAUUUACUUUCAUUGGGGCUUCCACAGUCCAAACGAAGGUGUCUACGUCUUUGAUGGAAACCGUGACAUGGAUUUCUUGAUGCAACUGUGUCAGAAACUAGAGAUUUUCGUGCUCGCUGCUCCUGGGCCUUAUAUUUGUGCUGAAACUCAAGGCGGUGGAUUUCCUAUAUGGCUACUAGCAAAGAAGAAUAUUCGGUUACGACACAAGGUUAAUUAUUGGUACUCCAAGUAUGAUCCCGAGUUUUCGAAAUACGAGAAUGAAUGGUUUGGCGCUCUCCUACCAAUCCUAUCCCAGUACCAAAUCACGAACGGAAAAGGCGGUUGUCUCCUAGCCCUACAAGUCGAAAACGAACUAGAUGAAGACUUGAAAGGUUUCCCUAUUGGUUUACAUGAUCACAUGCGAAACCUAUCAUUUACUGCUCGAAAUUUGGGCAUUACAGUGCCGCUGUUUACAAAUGCCGCUAUAAUCAGUGACAGUUUCAUCACACGUCCAGACUCUGAAACCCGAUACGGCAAACCACAGUUUGGUGUUGACUUGUAUGGAUUUGAUCGAUACCUCGUAUGGGUACCUACUGGCGGUCUCUUGGUGCUGAAAAAUGAUCGAGAUGUUGUUACAAAUACAUGGAAGCCUUGGGAUCCUGCUAUUAUUGAAGGGGGUUUGGAUGGGAUUGAGAGUACGGUUAGGAGUUAUGGUGGUGGUGCUGCUCAGUCGCCUAUUCUCAUUCCGGAACUACAAGGUGGUUGGUUCAAUCAUUGGACGUGUCCGUAUACGUACGAUGCUAUCUAUAGCUACUAUGGACACACAUACACACGAACCUUAUACGACUCAUGUGUCGCUCAAGGCUCAACCGCAACCUCCUUUUACAUGGGAUAUGGUGGAACGAAUUGGGGAACAUUGGGUGACACUGAUGUCUACACCUCAUACGAUUACUCUGCAUGUAUUCGAGAAUACGGUGUAUUAAGUGGACGUGGACGAUUACUACGUCUGUCUUCCAUCUUUAUGCGUAGUUUUACCCAAUUAGCAGCUGCCACGGAUUUGGUAUUGCCUGGUAAAUCGUAUGCCGACAUAAUCAUAACUGCGUCGCCAACAAAAGUGUUGGCUGCCAGGAGAUCGUCUAAGGAAGUCACUGGAGCUGGCAUUGCAAUAUUUCGAAAUUUCUCGAAAGAGGAAUCAUCGAGUUAUAAUGUAUCCAUCCAGAUUGGUAAACUGCCUGCCUUCCAAUUACGUGGAUUGCUACCCUAUAAAUCGUCAUUUAUCUCACUCGUGAACUAUACAGCUAAUAACGGAUUGAAUCUGGUCGCAUCAACAAUGCCAAUCCAUUUACGAACAUAUUUGGAUGUACUUGCUCUAGGAAGUAGUAAAAUCGAAGUACUGGUUGUCCAAAACGAUGAUAAUGCAUCCGGAGAGCUGGCUUUCCGUGGGCAUGUAACGGUACAAGGAACUUUAGCUGCUACGACGAGGUCUGAAUUAGAAGGUGCUGUUACAGUUGUGAGGUUUGAGAAGCAGGCUGGAUGGGCUUCUGUUACACCGGCAACGUCAGCUACGUCGAUAUAUAUUGUCGCGCUUGCUACACAUGAUCUCUUUACGCUCGCGCCGGUGUUUGAUGAAUCCCAUUUCCGCAAGGAUACGAAUACUAGCAAGGAUAAUUAUAGUCCGACGCUGGCCGCAUGGGGAUGCACACACAUAUCACGAGACCACGUAACAGGAAAUAUCGACAUACAAUACUCGUCGAAUGAUACAGGUGUAUAUGUCUUGUCUGGUAAACCAGUAACGGGGUUCCAGCAACCGGUAGCUUCAGAUCCAUACGCCAAUAUCCCAUUCAUAUUACAAAGAUCGCUAGGUCCCAUCUCUGCAAACCUAUUUGCUCGCCCCGUGUUGACAAACUGGACGCACCGACCAGUAGAUUUCGAAUCAAUGGCAUGGCAUCCACUCCCAUUCCACAAGGACGGUAAACCGACGCUCGACACUCUAGAUCUAGGAUAUACGUCUGCUCACUGUCUCUACAGAGCGAGGUUUACCGUACCUCGUAAUUCAGGGCAUGUGAAACUAUCAAUCAAUGCACGCCACCGGGUAACGAUAUACGUGAAUGAUGUUUGCGUUGGUGGACAUUUCACGUAUAGUUUGGCGUUGAUGCAGCCGGGGGCUAAGCAGGGUGCUGAUUGGGAAAUGUUUGCGAGUGGCAGGAGAGAGUAUGAUUUGAGUGGGUUUGUGGAGGUGGGUGUUAAUUCGGUUGUUGUGUUGGUUGAUAGCGUUGGGUUUCAGAGGGGCCCGUCAUUCUUGUAUGAUUUUAGGAAUCAGAGAGGUAUUGUCCAAGCCAAAAUAACCGGCGCAAAAUCCAUAUCGUGGGACGUAACCGGCAUAGACGUGAAAACCCUCUCCAACGCAUACACAUCCACAGGCUUCCCGGACGAAUCUGCAACAACACACUACACCCCCGCCCACAACAUCAAACAAGAAGGCCAAGGCCCGUCAUCCACCACAUCCAUAAUAACCCUCGCAGCCAAAGCAUUCACACCACGGUACUACAUAUCCCAUUUCGAUGCCCCAACGGCGUCUGCGUCAUCGCCAUUCCGUGUGCCGCUACGACUGUGUAUAAGUGGAUCAGCAACCGCGUAUAUAUUCUUGAAUGGGGUGCUUAUAGGACGUUAUUUUGGGGAGGGUGGGGAUUGUGCGCAGAAGGAUUUCUAUAUGCAUGAAGGGUUUGUGCGUGUGGAGGGCAAUGAGGUUAAGAUGCUUGUUUAUUCGAGAGAGACAGCUGGGGAUGUCGUGAUUAAGGUUGAGGUUAGAGAGUGGAGGACUGAUAGUGGUGGGGGUUUGGAAGAGAGGUUUAGUUUCAAUCUUGUUGAGGACGGAGCGCCUGUUAUUUUUGGGAGGGAGAGACUUCCGUCGUAA